CAAUUAUCAGUAGAGCAUGCAGUCCUCUCGGACACCUGUGAAACCUGAAGUAUUUCAGGCGAUGCAGGACGUAAAUAUCAAUGUUUUAAGUCGCUGUACUGAACGCGAACUCAGGCCGGUGUUACCUUGCCUUGUUCGCAUGGCACUUUGCAAACCGCUUGAUGAAAGUUCGACGUGGACUAAGUCUCGAAAAGAAGUUCUCAAAAUUCUCAAUGGAAUAGAAGUGGUCAACAGCAUCGUAGCGCUCCUCUCUAUUGAUUUUAAUGCCCUGGAACAAGAUGUUAUCAAAGAACAACAGCUGAGGUCUAAGUUUGGUGGGAGCCAGACAGAGAGCGUGUUGAUAGCACAACUUCAAAAUGGACCCGCCUUAGAGUUUGAGAGAAGUGACCCAGCCCGCAGAAUACGGUUAUUGUUAAGUGAACUACUGUUUGUUAUGUCACAGAUAAAAGAAACUCGAGCAGAGUUUUAUCAAAAACAGUCUGAGCUGUUUGAAAGUCAUGCCUACUUGGAGGAGCUGUCAGAUGUAUUGUGUAUAGCACAGGCAGAGUUGCCGUCACUACUGCCGGUAGUUGAGGUAUCAGAGGCACUGCUACAUGUUCCAAAUGGAAGCUGGCUUCUGUGUCGACUGAUCAGCAAUGCUCCAGAUUCUUUCAAGGAAGUAUGUGCGAGUCUAGUGGGUCGAGGCGAACGGCAAGAAGAGGAGAGUCUAGGUGGGCGUCGCCGUAUGGAGCUUCUCCUUAGCCUGUGUGCCAUGAAUCCUGGAGAGGCUUUUAACAUUCGUGCUCUGUGUGUUGAGCACUGUACUAUGCCAGGGCUUGCUGUAUCCUUGUCCUUGAAGAUGAGUGACCUCAAAAAGUCUGAUACCAUGACAACCACAGAGAGAACCAAUGAUAUGAUAGCUUUCAUCAGUGGCCUGUUGCUGGGUAACGAUAUACCUGUGAGGAGCUGGUUCUCUCUCUACAUAAAAGCUGGACAGAAGAGAAAGCGUGAGCCAUCAACAUCCUCCCUACACUGUCUCAGACUGUGGCUGCUGGAGCGCCUCAUCUCUAUCCUCCCAGACAAUGGUUCUGCCAUGUCAGAGUCCAGCGUCAUCCAGGCCAGUGCCUUUGUCCGUCUGUACUGCGCUCUGAAGGGCAUGGCCACACUCAGGUUCUCAGAAGAAGAAAUGAAGUUGUUACUGAGACUAGUGACUUCUAGACCGCCACUAACUCCAGCAGGGGCAAGAUUUGUCUCCCUUGGUUUAUGUAUGCUAAUAGCCUGCCCAUACUUACUAGGAAGCCACGAACAGGAAAAACAGGCCAUCGAAUGGAUAAGAUGGUUGAUGGGAGCCGAGAAAGAGUUUGAAAUGGAGGGAACUCAUGACUGUUCCUUUGGAGAGAUGCUGUUUCUUAUAGCAAUUCACUUCCACAACAAUGCAACCCCAGCCAUUGCUGACCUUGUAUGCAACACCCUAGGAAUGAAGAGUGCUGUUAAGGCAAAUGCUUUGGCAAGAAUGAGACAGAUUUUUACUCAAGAGAUUUUCACAGAACAGGUUAUUACAUCCCAUGCUGUGAAGGUUCCAGUCACAACCAACCUUAACGCCAACAUGACAGGCUAUCUUCCAAUCAACAGUGUGUACCAGCUCCUAAGGAGCCGUGCUUUUUCCAAGCACAAGGUCAAUAUUAAGGACUGGAUUUAUCGGCAGAUACGAGUGAGUUCCUGUCCUCUCCAUCCUCUUCUUCCCCUCCUAGUCGAAGUCUAUGUCAACUCCAUAGUGGUCAAGAGUACUAAGACUGACCAUCUUAAUGAGCCGAUGUCCGAUGAGGAUGUGCUAGCUGUUUAUCAGGAAUCUGUAUUCAACACGGGGAGUGAUAAAAUGGACACGGAUGAUAGCAUUAGUGGUGACCGAACAGGAAGUCUUGCACCCCAGCUGUUAAUGUUGUACUAUAUUCUCUUAUACGAGGACACCAUUCUUAACAGCAUGAAAAUAAUUGUGUCAUCGAAUAGAGAAGUGAAGUCAUAUCCGGACACGCUGCUAUCACAGAUCCCCAUCAAUUACUUAUUACAACAGGCACAGAUACAACAACACCAGUAUGCAGGUCUCUUCUCACCCCUCCUCAGGUUAUUGGCCACUCACUACCCUCAUUUGUGUGCUGUUGAAGAUUGGCUUCAGGAAAUCAUGGUACAAGACGGACAACACAGUGAAUGGUCUCCCCUUAGUCCCACAACCUGUACAGUUGAGUCGCUCAAUGCAGCUCUACAAGAAGUGGAAUCUCAUCCAGCAAAGGCUGUGGUUCAACUUCAGGCCUUACUGAGGAAGCCAACAGCUAAUCUGCUGCCAUUCUCUGACACCUUAGUGGGAAGUCUGCCAGUGGUACUUGCCCCAGGUGUUCCAAGGCGUGUCCAGGACAUGGUGAAGACUGCCUGGUUUAAACUGCACACAAUCAGUCCACGCAUGCUGCGUUUGGCAACGGUUAAUGCCAUGACAUCUGGUGAUAGAAAGUUCACUCCGAACAGAUUUACCUACACAGAGAAUGAUAUUACUGUGGAUCCUUUGAUCGUCCUGAGAUGUAGCCCCAAGGUAUUUAGGUGUCCGCCAAUUCUAGAAGUAAUGUUACGGGUCCUGAAUGCUUAUGUCCAGGGAUGUCGUGUCUAUCUACAAAAUCACAUGACUACCAACCCAAUUCUUGACCAUGCCAGUCAUAAUGAGACAGAGCGACGGGACCUAAAAAAUGCCCUCAUUGCAGCACAGGAGAGCGCUGUGGUACAGAUACUACUGGAAUGCUGUCUUUCUCUACCUGAGGAACAGGAAGAUGAAGGUUUACUGAAUAAUCGACGAGAGGUCCAGUGUAUCAUUUGUCCUUUUAUCCAUCAGAUGUUCAUCUCCGACCCAAAUCUAGCAAAGCUUGUACACUUCCAGGGCUACAGUGAUGAGAUUCUACCAGUUGCAGUGGCGGGGAUCCCUUCUAUGCACAUAUGUUUGGACUUUGUGCCUGAACUUCUCAGUCAGCCCCAGAUAGAGAAACAGAUCUUUGCCAUCAAGCUUACAUCACACCUUUGCUGUCACUAUGCAUUGCCAAAGUCUCUGAGUGUGGCCAAGCUUGUGAUGAACGUCAUGUUUACAAUGAUAGAGGUGCUGGAUGGUCAAUAUCGUGCAAAGUUCCUGGUGGAGACAGUUCCAUGUCUGGUGCGAGUGUGCCAGGCAUUCCCACCAUUGUGCGAGGACGCCACCACUCUUUUAGGACAAGUAGGACGUAUUUGUAUAUCUCACCUGACUUCCUCCAGUAAUGUCCUAGGCUCAGAACUUAUAGAUCCUGACAACAAACCAGAUGCUGGCUCCCAGAGUCGGAUAGAUGGCCAUCAGGGCGGGUUGACAGCUCAGUAUCAAAAACUCUAUAAAAUCAUUCAGACCACAUUCUCUGGACUGGUCAGCAAAGCACUGGUCACUCGUAACAUUUAUUCAUGAUGGUCACUCAUUGUCAUCUAAAUGUCAUCACAAUUGUUAUGAAUGUAUUGUUGAAAAAUUGUUGAAAAUAAAUCUCAAAUUUUGAUUUGUUUUAAAUACCACAAAUAAUGCAAAAGUAUCUGAAUUAAUGUGAUAAAUAGAAUCUCAUAUGAGAUUUAUGAUAAUCAUCAUAAAUGUUUCACUUAUAUCUCCUCGAGGCAAAUUACAAUGAAUUAUUCAAAGAACUGGUUUCCUGAAUGUAUUAGGAAUGAAAACAUGUGCUAAAGAGUUCAAUCACUUUUGAAAGACAAUUGUUCAACGGCUCUGAUACCAGUUUUAGUCAUCAUAAAUAGCAGAGCUUUUCACUAAAAUGUUAUGCUGCACACUAAAUGUUUCCAUGAGUUUUGAA